CUGUGCUCGCCUACUACAAGCUGUUACUGAACUAUUCUCUAUCAGCUGAAAAAUAAAUAGACCUUUCUCGGGAGUUGGCACAUUGAUCGGGAGAGGCGCAAGGUUUCUGUCUCCUCACUUCUUCAUCAAAUCGGAUAAACUGAUUAUGAGCUUGCAGUUGUCUUUAGAGAGAAUGUUUGUUACAAGGGUAGGCCUGGUGUCGUUCACGUUCUGCGGUAGGGUGGUGCCUCCUUCAAUCUAGCUUCGCAAUCCCAACAAGGCCCGUUGUGAUUAUGGGCAAUGGAGAGAUGUUACGGGCGUAGCAGACGCGCGGAGUCGGUGCAAUUGUCGUGAAGUGGUGACGUCACACCAAGCUCGUAGCUGAACGCAAGUCUCUAGGCCACGAACAGCCAGAGCUGCAAUCUGAAUAUAAAACUAUUGAACAACUCCAAGAUGUGGGGAUACGACUAUUACUGCAAAAGCACCUUUGCUACAGGAACAUCUUCACAAUGCCUACUUUGAGCAUUACAUUGUCCUUCUACACUUCUCUCGCCAAGUCACUUCUCAGUGUGGCCUUCGCACGCCUGUACAGCCCUCAACAAGUAUCGAAGCGCGAUCUUACAUGCCAGACGGCAAUCGUUACUGGCGCAAACAGCGGUAUCGGCCUUUGCAUCGCUGUUGCGCUCGCGAAGCAAGGCGCCACUGUGUAUCUUGCCUGCCGCAAUGCUGAUCGAGGCGCUGUAGCUGUCGACCACAUUGUCGCUCAAUGCGAUGACAAGAGCAAAGCAAGGGUGAUAUGCCGCGUCCUCGAUGUCGGGGAUCUCUCUAGCGUCCGCGCCUUUUGCCAGCAAUGGACGAAAGAAGGGACGAAGAUCGACAUGUUGGUGCACAACGCUGGCAUCGCAGCACUACCUACUGGAAGUCCGACAAAAGCGAAAGGAUUGGAUACGAUGUACACAACAAAUUUCUUAGGCAGCUUUUUAAUGACACAUCUCCUCGAACCUCAGCUCAGCUCUACAGCGAGAGUCGUGAUGACCAGCUCAACGGGCAGUUACUCUGCUCAGUUCAUCCAUGACGCCUCACUCAGGCAGGUGGCUCCAGCGCCAGGCACCAUCGCACAAUAUAUUGCCAAGGUAAAAGCAAUGCUGGGUUUCGAGGCGGAGAGCAGCGCUCCAGCGUACGCUCUGAGCAAAGCGCAACAGGUGCUUUUCGCGGCUCUCCUGCAACGGCAUUUCGACGCUCAAACAUCCCUGACGGAUGGUGAAAGGACGUACCGGACAGCGUACGCGUUCUCACCCGGCUUCACAUCAACUCCAAUCUUCGGCAAAAUGGACGUCACUUGGCAAACAUGGUUCACCAAUCCACUGUUCGCCGCGCUCAAAACAACUGAGAAGUGGGUUGCGGUGAAUACGGAGGAGGGUGCGAAGACUGGAGUUUGGCUGGCGACGUGGGGAGACGAAGUAGGAAAAAGAGAGCAAGGUGGAACGUUCUGGGAGAGAAUGACGAAGAGGACGAGUCUGGUUGAUCGGAUGGAUCACAAAAGGAAGACAGACGAGUGGAGGACAUGGGAAAGAGACGCUGAGGUUCUUUGGAAUGUUUGAUGCCCUUUGGACAUAUUCGCGCUCGCUCGCUUGCUCUGGAUGCGUCUGAAGCUGCACGAAGACUUUCAUAUCUGACGAUUGAUUACUCAACACUAACAUUGGAUCCUGCCAAACCAAUGCACAACGCAAUACGACGGACUGCGCCUUAGUUCUGCCGUUUCGAGCAAAUUUUCUUCCAC